AAGCUACCCUACGCCUGCCCCGCCGCCAUCUGAUGUGGACUCCGACGAGGAGGACGAGGACGGACCCACGGGUCUGCCUGACAAGGUGCUGCUCCUGCGGUUCGUGAUGGAGCUGCGUCAGAAGGCAGACGACGCCCUUUCCGCAGACAUGGUGGCGGGUGACAUCAGCUUCGAGACAGCUCUCCUUCAGAGGGACGCUCUGCUGGCUGAGUUCCUGUGCGGGCUCUAUGUCCCCCCGCUGCGCCUGGCCUGCAUUGCGACGCUCAAGGUGCCUGGCCGCGAUGUGUGCACGCAUGCGUGCUGCUCCAGGGCUAACUGCCGGGGGAAUACCCUGCGUGCCUUGACAACACGCUCGGGAGAACCCACUGGCGGCAUGAAGGUGGAGCUAUUCCAUCACAAGACGGAGCGGUUCCGCAAGAAGCCCAUCACCUUCAAGCUGCCCAAGGUCCUGGCGGAACGUGCGCUGUCUUACAUCAACAACAUCCGGCCGAUACUUGCUGGCGACGACGACACGGAUGAGGAGGGGGAGGAGACCGCGCCAGUUCCCUUCCUCUUCCUUACCGGGCGAGGGAAGGCUCUUGGCAUUUCGGGCGGCACCACAGUAGCAGCCUUGUGGAACCGCAUCCAGCAGCAGCACAGUGCGCCAUGGCAGCCAUUCACAGCACGCCUUUUCCGCCACAUUCACGCCAACAGCGAGUUCAAUGCAGUGAUUCGGGAGGUUGCUGCCGGGAGGACCCACCUGGAUGGUGACGCUCAGAUCAUGGGCAACUCCCAAGCUGCGUGGGACUCAAACUACAUCAAGGACCAUGACUCCGCGAUGAUGCAGGCGACGGUGGAUCGUCUCGAGGACUGGAGGCUGAUAUGUGAGCAGAAGCUUCGGCGGCAGGGCAGCGGGGGCAGCGGCGAGGAAGAGCGGCCCAGGGACGCAGCAGCAGCGGCAGGCGAGGCGCAACCGCAGGGGCAUGAGGUGGCAGCGGGCAAGACUCCUCCUGAGGCAGCAGCAGGUGCACCAGAAGGCCAAGAGCAGCAGCUGCAGGGGACCGAUGCACCUCAAGGCCAGGUGCCACAGCCGGGGGAGGCAGCAGCAGCGGCGGAGGGCCAGGAGCAGGAGCUGGGGGAGGCAGCAGUAGUGGCGGAGGGCCAGGAGCAGGAGCCGGGGGAGGCAGCAGCGGCGGCGGAGGGCCGGGGGCAGGAGCCGGGGGAGGCAGCAGCGGCGGUGCAAGGUGGGG